AUGGAUGAGAUUCGUGGAAGGGUGACUAUUGCUUUAAUCUUCAACACCACAUUGCGUGCCCAGACUCGGAAAAAGGAAAACGAAAGAAAGUGGAAGGGAACCAUUUACAAGACAAGACCAACCAACCAACCCUGGUUCGAUCCUGCAAGAUUAUCGAAGAAAAGAAAAGACGCCGAUGGAGAGACGUGGCCUUCGCCCCACGCCUGUCAAGGAUGCCCGGCGAUACCGCUACUCGAAGACCUGUUGCCUCCGACUGUGACUUUCGACUACCAUGAGGCACGUUUACAAUCCCAG